CACCACCUCUCUCCCCCGCCUCGUGCCCAGCUAGCUGCCCUUCCUCCUCUACAUAUACCCAGGCGACCCAACCAAAAGAUCUCACCUCUCAAGUCCACAAUUCACAUCGCUCUUACCCAGCCACACGCGGAGAAGAGACGCAGCAAGCGCCAUGGCCAAGAUCUCCUUCCUCCUCGUGGCGCUCCUCGUCCUCGCCGUCGCGUUCCCCGUGGAGGUGAUGGGAGGCGGCAACGGCGGCGCCGGCGGCGGCGGCAAGCUCAAGCCAUGGGAGUGCUCGUCCAAGUGCUCGUCGCGGUGCUCGGGGACGCAGUACAAGAAGGCGUGCCUGACCUACUGCAACAAGUGCUGCGCCACUUGCCUCUGCGUGCCGCCGGGCACCUACGGCAACAAGGGCGCCUGCCCCUGCUACAACAACUGGAAGACCAAGGAGGGAGGCCCCAAGUGCCCCUAGAUUCUUGAUUUUCUUUCUUCUUCUUCUGGGGUGCCAGCUUGCGGUUGAUGGUUAUUCACUGCUCGGCCAUCAAAAUGUACUACAGUAGAUCUGAAUUAUGUGAUGGGCAUUUAAUCAGUGGCAUGUGAAUUGCCCUCCCAGUUACCUGUAUUUCUAUCAGUAAGAUGUGGAAAACUGGAGGCACUCCGCCACUCCCACAUGAUUAUAGUGGGACCUAUCGAGCUUUAUUGUUCCUUGUGCGCCUGUGCACCGUGCUUU